CUCGAUUCUACUGAUUAUGCGUACCUCCCACGCCAUCGCCAGCUUGGCGGCAGCAGCAGUUCUCUCCGCAGCUCUGCCAACGGCACAGAACCUCACCAGCUUCUUCCUCGUCACCACCACUUCCCGCUAUGCUGCAGGCAAUACGUCCGCCCUCCCCAGCGUCAAUGCGACUUCCCUCUUCGAUGCCGACUCCUCGAGCAGCGAUCUGUACCAGCUUCGGCUGAUUGCUCCCGGCUAUGGCAGUCUGCCCCAGUUCACCAUCAAGGACAAUGCCCUGCAUACCAUUGCCUAUGGCCCCCACGGCAAUGGGGAGUACGACUACGAGAGCACGGAGGUGGAAGAUGGUCAAGAACUGGCCUUUGACCCAACUCCAGAAGAGCGAAGCAACUUGAGCCUGGAAGAUGGGUAUUUGUUGGCUGUCAAUGGGCAGUGUACUGGCUGGACCGUGUGUUUAGGCGCGCAUGAUCAGCAGGUUAUUUCGUGGAAGGGCAACGGCACCAGUUGUGAGGCGAGGUUCAUUCAGGCCGUGAAGAAUGCCCCAUAUUAGCUGAUGUAGCACCUGAAAGUGGACUGACCAGUAGUUAGUGAUGGGCAAACCUCUCAAUCCAAGGUUGCUGUCCUCACUUCAAAAC